AUGGACAAGUAUGAACAGGUGAAGAAAAUUGGAAAAGGUGGAUUUGGAACAGUAAUCCUUGUGAAAUCCAAAGAGGAUGGACACCAAUAUGUCAUCAAAGAGAUUGACAUAUCUGAAAUGUCAACUGAAGAGACAGAGAAAGCUCAACACGAAGUUGAAGUCCUUUCCAAGAUGAGUCAUCCCAACAUUGUCCAGUAUAAGGAAUCUUUUGAAGAGAGGAGCUGUCUGUGUAUUGCGAUGGACUACUGUGAAGGUGGAGACCUAUCCGAGAAGAUCAAAUCUCAGAGAGGAAAACAUUUCCCAGAAGAGCAAAUCCUGGACUGGUUUGUGCAGAUUUGUCUGGCACUAAAACACAUCCAUGAUAGAAAAAUCCUCCACAGGGACAUCAAACCAGAGAACGUAUUUUUGACUAAAGAUGGGACUGUACAGCUUGGGGAUUUUGGAGUUGCAAGAGUGCUGAACAGCACUGGAGAACUAGCAACAACAUGCAUAGGAACACCACUUUAUCUGUCACCAGAGAUCUGUGCGAAGACACCAUAUAACAGCAAAAGUGAUAUUUGGGCCCUUGGCUGUGUCCUGAAUGAAAUGUGCACUCUUAAGCCUGUAUUUGAGGUUGAACCUUGGGAGCAGCCAUAUCAGAAGAUCCUUCGUGGCUCAUACCCUCCUUUGUCUGAUCACUACUCACAAGAACUGCGUUCCCUCUUGAAUCAGCUGUUGAAUUGUGACCCAACAGAGAGACCCUCAGUCAGCAGCAUACUGGAGGAACCUUUCCUCUGCCGCAGGAUACAGAAGUUCCUCACACCGAAGAUCAUUGCUGAUGAAUUUGGCCAUGAUUUUCUUCACAGGGCAGCCCUUUUCUACUUUCUCUCCAAACUUGGACUGGAGGAAUUUUAUCCCAACAAGCUCACUCUUCGCUCUCUUUUGGAAAUCAACAAAAACAGUAUUUAUGAUGAAACUGUUCAAUCACUGGAGAAAAUACCAUGGUGCUUUCUCAGGAAACUCUUUCAAAUCAGUGCAGAAUGCAGAAACUGUACACAAUUAUCAAACGAUGAUGAAGAUGGGGAGGAAAACAGUGAUCAGUUUGACUUUGACCAGCUCAUUGCAGAUGACUGUGAUGACAACAAGGUUAACCCUCUCGACCUCAUAGUUGCACUCUUUCUUUGUGCUGACAGCUUCUUGCAACAGGAAAUGGCCCUCAAGAUGUCAGUGUGUCAGUUUUCUGUCCCACUGCUGUUGCCUCAUGUCAAUAACAGUCAGUCUACUCUGAUGCUGUGGGCUCUGAGAGACAUCGUCAAAGAGUGGUGUCCACAGGAUUUGUCUGAAUCAAAAGGAUUUGUUGAAAACAACAUUGUCCAAGCAAAUAUACCAUUCUUUACCUUUGUCAGGCUGAAAAACUGUAGUCUCUCCAAGUCACAGGUGUUGAAUCAUGUUCUCAGUCGUGGCCAACAGAAUCACAACAUCUUCAUACACAGAGAUAUGGAAGGAGGAAGACUUCAAAGAAUAAUUGCCAAUGGUUUGGUAGAGGUUUGCUGGUACCUUCCCUGUGGCAAAGAAAAUCUUGACAUAUUUCCAGAACCAGUUGCCUUUGCCAAUUUGAGAGGAGACAUUUGUGAGUCACUGGCACAAUUCAAUUUUCUUUUUCAAGUGUCAACUGCUACCUUUGUGUUCCUGGACAAAGUUGAAGAAAAUGAGCACAAGAUUCUGACUUCUCUUCAAGAUGUGAAAUCCAAACUCUGCUUGGUUGUUAAUCGCAAGGAGCACAGCUCUGGAGAGGACAUGAUGUCUGUGAAGAAAACACUGAAAGAAUUGAAGGUGCCAAAAAGCAGUGUGAAAACCAAAGACCCAAGUGUAAAUAUUGCAGAGUUUUCAAAGAAACUUUGUGCAGCCAUCAAGACCUCACUGCCAGAUGUAAAAGCCACACUGAACAUUGUCAAUAUGGUUGGAAAAGCUGCUGAGCUUGGUCUAUUUGUGGAUGAAAGCACAAGUGAUAAACAAAACAAAGCAGCUGAGGAGAUACUGAAAGGAAUCGGUGUGAGGUUGAUACCAGACUACAAGAAACAACAACUUCCAUUGCAGGGAGAUAACUGGAAAAGACUAUCACAGUUACAGAUGGAGGAAUGUAGAUUGAAGAAAUCUGGCGAACUAGGACUGGAAGAAUAUAAAUCACAGCUACAGGAAGAAAAACUACAAAUCAGGAAGGAGCAAAACAAAUACAAACUGUCCAAAGCUAUGACAAGUUUCAUUGAAUCCUUAUCCACAAGUGACAAAGAGAAACGAGACUUUUUUCUUAAGUGGAUGAAACUUAAGCUUGAUACACAUUCACGGAACAAACUGUCUGAUCUGCGCAACAAGUUCAAAGAGCAAUGUGAGAAAAAAGACAUCAAACUCAUUGCAAAGUUAGAUAAAGAUUUGCUGGAAAGCUCAUUAGGAGUAGAGCAUUACAUGAGAGAGAUGGGACUCAUCUAUGAGUUCUCAGUUAAAGGCUCAAGAAACAUUGUUGAUGAAAUAACUCGUCUCCCUGGUUUGGCUGCUGAAAUGCUGUUGGAUGGAUUUCCUUUAGAGCUCUUGGAUGGAGACGCUUCCAACAUCCCAGAAAGAUGGGUGACAGAUGUGCUGAUGGAGCUUCACAAGAAGGUUGGAGAACAGAGCAAACUAUUAGUACUGACUGUGCUGGGUGUUCAAAGUACAGGGAAGUCAACACUCCUCAACACCAUGUUUGGUGUGCAGUUUCCUGUCAGCAGCGGCAGAUGCACAAGAGGAGCUUAUAUGCUCUUCCUCAAAGUUGGAAAGGAUAUGAAACGUGAGCUGAACUAUGAUUUUAUAGUUCUCAUUGACACAGAGGGUCUAAAGUCUCCCGAUCUAGCAGAACUAGAAGAAAGUUAUGUGCAUGACAAUCAGCUGGCAACUUUUGUGAUUGGUUUAAGUGAUGUCACCAUUAUUAACAUUGCAAUGGAGAACUCAACAGAAAUGAAAGAUGUCCUGCAAAUUGCAGUUCACGCCUUCCUGAGAAUGAAGGAAAUUGGUAAAAAGCCAAUUUGUCAUUUUGUGCAUCAAAAUGUUUCUGGAGUUUCAGCUCAUGCAAAGACAAUAACAGAAAGAAAGCAUCUUUUGGACCAGCUCAAUCAAAUGACACAAAUUGCUGCUGAAAUGGAAAAGAAGCCUUCUAUUAAAGCAUUCACAGAUGUGCUGGACUAUGACAUGGACAAAAACAACUGGAACAUCCCAGGACUCUGGCAUGGAACCCCUCCGAUGGCACCAGUGAACACAGGUUAUAGUGAAGCUGUAGCAGAUUUAAAGAGAAACCUUUUGGUGAAAACAAACAGAAGCAAUGGAGUCCCAAAGAUCCCAGAGUUUCUAGUUUGGAUUAGAAGUCUCUGGAAAUCUGUGAAAUAUGAGAACUUCAUCUUUAGUUUCAGAAACACUCUUGUGGCUCAGGCCUAUGACAACCUUUGCAAAGAGUUCAGUCAAUGGGAAUGGGAGUUCAGAAAAGAAAUCCUCUCCUGGCAAAAACAAGCAGAGUUGGAAAUCACCAAUGCUGACAAUGAAUCUAACAUGGAGACUUGGAACAGAUUGGUUGAGUCAAAAAAACGUGAGGUGACCGACAAAAUAAAACAGCAACAAACUAAAAUGAAGGAGAAACUAUACAAGUAUUACAAAAGGAAAGAUGGACAUAUAAAUCUCAUUGAGAAAUACAAAGCUGACUUUUCCAACAGUAUCAGUAGUCUUGCAAAUGAAAUCACACAUUCAGUGAACAAUAAACUGGAUUGUGCACUUGAGCUGAAAAAAAGUUCAAAAAAGGUUCAAGACAUUCAGAGAAAGUACAGAGGAGUGAUUGAAGAACAAGUUAUGAAACUCUUGACCGAGUGCAAAAACCAAACAUUGCCAGAAGAACAACUAGAAAAUGUGUUUGAAAAGAUGUGGACUGAAGCCACUAAAAAUGUGUCUGGCCUGGAAGAACAAAAUAUAUCUGUAAGCAUCCUCAAGCAGUUGAGAAAAAACUUUGUCAAUCGUAAUGUCAAUGAGGAAUUACAGAACACUGGAGACCUACAUGAAAUUGGGAAGGAACCACUCAAGGUCAAAAGUAAACAUAUAAAACAAGGAAUGAUAAAAGGCAUCAUAAAUUCUAUCAUGAAAAAAGAUGCAGAAAGAGAUCUGCAGGAGUUUGCUGACAGUGUCAUUGAGUCUUGCACACGAUUCGUGUUCGAUAAAGCAAAGUCAAACUCAGAUUACCAUGACUCUUUUACAAGAGAUCUCCUUGAAAAAAUAGAUGAAUACUUUCAACAAAAGCGUCAGAAAACUAAUGCAAAGUUUGAGAUUGACCUGAAACUUCACAUUUGUGGCAUUGCCUCAAGGGAAUUCUUCAGAAUGCACCAAAAAUACUUGUCGGGUAAAGAUCCUCGGACUCAGCUGGAGAAAUACAAGAGUCAGUAUUUGUCAGAUUUUCUUGAUUUGUACAAACAGAGAGAUGAUUGUCAACGCAAAGCAGAUGCUUUUGUCAAGUGUUGCAUCAAACCUGCUGUGGAAGACUACAUCAAUAGAUCUUUGGGAAUAGACAUUGUGGAUGAUAUUUUGACAGGUUCUCAUUCAGCAGAGUACAGCUCUCGCUCCUUUUUCCAGUACAACAUUCAGGAAGAGUUGCUGCAAAGGGAUGACUUCAAGAGUUUUGUCAAGUACAUUUGUAACUAUGAAAUAUAUGUUAAGGAUUGGAUAUUUCAGCACAUCCAGAAAAAAAUGUCAGAGGGCAAAACUUUGUGCAAACUGAGGAACAAGAACCUUCAAGUCAUAGUUGAUAAAAUCACAGCAGCAUUAGAGCAGGCCUCAAAAGGACCAGGUGGUGUUCAACUGCCAGACAACAGUGAACGCAUCACAGAGCUCAUCAGCAACAUGCGGAAGUAUUUGAUUAAAGACAUCUCAAUUUCAGAGGAGGAUGAAAAAACCACCUUGUUUCAAAUCAAAAGCACAUGUCAUCCAUUUAUCAACAGCCUCAAAAUGUCAAUAGAAGACUUGAAAGAACAGCUUCAGGAAGAAUUCUCAAAGUCUGAAAACAUCACUGAGACUCUGAACAAACUUCCAAUCAAACCACAGGAUGAGCUUUUCAAGCGAGUCUUUGGUUGUGGAAAGCAAUGUCCAUUUUGUAAAGUUCCCUGUGAGGCUGGAGGAAAAGGACACGAUAAGCAUCAUGCAACUGUGCAUCGACCACAAGGUCUUGGUAGAUACAGGAAUGUAUACACUGAGAAGCUGGUGGAAACACUGUGUACGACUGAUGUACAUGGUGAACGUAAAUUUCGAAACUCAGAUACUAAAUGGGAGUUUCAUCCUUACAAAGACUACACCAAGUACUAUCCAGACUGGCACAUUCCUCCAGAUCCCAGUAUAGAGGCAUCUGACUACUGGAAGUAUGUACUGGUACGAUACAAUGACAGAUUUGCUCAAGAAUACAAGGCCAAACCAGCUGAUGUUCCAGAUGCCUGGAGGAGAAUCACUAAGGAACAAGCACUGAAGGGGUUAAAAGAUGCCUACAACAUAAAGUGA